CUCAAGAAGAUGACACGGACAAUAAUUUCUUGAAAUAGGCUUCCGACUUUCAGUCGCAAAACUGUGUGGAUAGUGAGCACCUUUUUGCCUAUAUUGAAUCCUAAAAUAGUAAAUUAUUUUCUAGGGAAUAUCUUUGGCCAUUCUUCUUCGGAAUCGUCAUGAUUAAAGCAAUUUUAGUCUUCAACAAUCAUGGGAAGCCAAGGCUGUCAAAGUUCUUCACGCAUUAUAAUGAAGAUAUGGAGCAGCAGAUUAUCCGAGAAACAUUCCAUCUGGUUUCCAAGAGGGACGACAAUGUGUGCAAUUUUUUAGAAGGUGGAACGUUAAUAGGUGGAUCUGAUUACAAGCUGGUCUACAGACAUUAUGCCACUCUGUACUUUGUCUUCUGUGUUGACUCCUCCGAGAGUGAACUUGGCAUCUUAGACUUAAUACAGGUUUUCGUGGAAACAUUGGACAAGUGCUUUGAGAAUGUCUGUGAGCUGGAUCUGAUAUUCCACGUGGACAAGGUUCACAACAUCCUUUCUGAGCUAGUGAUGGGUGGUAUGGUUCUAGAGACAAAUAUGACGGAAAUCAUGACGAGGAUAGAAGAACAGAAUAAGCUAGAAAAACAAGAGGCGGGAUUAUCAGCAGCGCCUGCCAGAGCAGCAGCAGCUGUCAAGAAUAUAAAUCUUCCCAACAUCCCAACGCCGAACAUCAACUUGCCAAACCUGCCAUCCUUCAAGUGAAAAACAUAUCAUCAUCAAGACCGACUUCAGGAAUGCUGCAAUGAAAUGCAUACUUCGGUGGUGUCCGAAACGGCGACUUCGGCUACAGCUACAGCUAGAUCAGCGCGUCUGCCAGUCUUGAAGAAUAAGCAGACGCUCUUGAUCUAGCCGUAGCUGUAGCCAAAGUCGCCAUUUUGGACACUGCCUUAUUGUGGUUGAUCAACUCCCCUCCACAUUACAAGUCCAUCCAUAAACGCAUCAUGGUCGUUACUCAGUUAAGGUGAAAGUUUGCAUCUUUCUGCAGGCACAAAGUUGGUUCAGUGUUGCACCAAGGUCAGAUCUCAUACGAGUGGUUUUGUGAACACCUUGGCAUGUUUUCCCUCUGUAGUUUUGAUUACUCAACACUUUCAUUACAAGUGGCAUGCCCUCAGAAAAAGGAGCUUGUUUAAUGAUACCCCAACAAUCGUACUAACCACCUGAAAAGUCCUCUUUAAAGAUCAUGAAGAUUUUGACUUUCAGAGGCUAUUUUGUACUCAUAUGUUGAAGAAUUCUUGAAGUUUGUUGAAUGUUUUUACCCUGGAUUUCAACAUCAGAUCAGUACUGAUUUUUGUUUUUCCAUUUGCAAAAAAAUGGACUUCGCAUGCACUUGUUUAAAAAUAAAUUUAAAAUGUCAUUCUAAAAAAUAAGUGGUACAUAUUUUAAGUAAGGAUAGAGAAUUUGUUACAUCAUGUUUGUAAAUCUUCUAAUUAUCGUUUAAAGGUACACACUUAUUUUGAUAAUGACCCGAGACCAAAAAGGUGUAAUUUUCAUUCCAAAGCUGUUCUUGUUUUAAAGGUGUUUCUUUGAAAUUUGUGAUCACACCCCGUUGAUUGUAAUUCGAUAACAAUUUACAAAGUUGAACCUUCAAAACUUACCUUUCUCCGAAGGUUAUGUUUGGCAAUAAAAUUUCUAUGGUGUCUGUUUGUGAACGCUGCAGCCAGAGAUGUGGGUGGUACCUGUGUCAUCUUGAUAACAUGGAUGGGUUCAACCUGUUUUGAGGAAAAUACUGUGAUAGUUUUGUUGCUGAUUUUUCAAUAAUUAGAAAUUGUAUUCAACUUAAUCUUUUACAGACGACUUAGGUGUUGGAUUUUUUCUUGACCAAUUUGACAAAUCAGCAUUAUCUUGGCCAAAAACAAUUCAUGGCCCUACCUUAAAUUGGCAUUUAAAUGACUCUGUAACUAACUACAUGUAUUAUAUAUUUUAAUAGUAAAUAGUUUAUGACCAUCAUUUUCGUGAGGUUACACUACCUUACAUACAUCCCCUGUGAGUGCGUAACAAUUGUUUGUUACAUGGAUAAAGACAAACACCUUUUAUUUUGGGGGAAAUUAUUUGCCAAGAUUUCUUUCUUGUGAACCCAGCAAAUGUUUUAUCAACAAACCAUGUAUAUGUACAAAUAAUUUGCAUGUUACAAGUUUUUUGCCAGUUGUGCGUGGCAUAUGUAUGCAAAAAAAUUAUUAUCUUUAGGAUUUUUAAUUUAAAUUUUUGUGAAAACUCUUUGGAGAAAAGUGAUGAUUGUUUUUGUUAUUCAACAUAAAAUUAGGCGAUGCAAUAUUGUGCUUAGCUGAUAGUUCUGUUGGUUUUGUUUAGUAAGUUAAUUACCUAGAAAUUUACAGGGAGCCAUUCAUGAGCAAUGAACUUUACAUGGUAAUUUGGCUGGUAAACCAUGUGAUAGGCAAGGUCCCGGGUUAUGUAAUGUAGAUGGUAUGUUAAACGUUCGUGCAAGUGCUACUCUGCGUUAGAGUUGUAGCCAUGCCCCUUUUUGUGAGUAAAAUGUCUCAUUAUGGAAGUGUCGUAUGCAGAAUUGUGUUCCAUCCACCACAAGUCACCCCCCCCCCCACCCCCCAACCCACUAGACUUUUUGUUCGUGUAUGUUUAAUAAAAUAAAAAGUAUGUACAUGUAGUUUUCAAAUAUGGAUUAUCUAUCUUUGGCUUUAAGUUUAAAGGCAGUGGACACUAUUGGUAAUUGCUCAAAAUAAUUUUUAGCAUAAAACCUUACUUGGUGAAGAG